AUGGGCUUUCUCUAUGUUGGUCAGGCUGGUCUGGAAUUCCCGACCUCAGGUGAUCUGCCUGCCAGUGCUGGGAUUACAGGCGUGAACCACCACGCCCGGCCUUAACUUUUUUCAGGAUUGACUUUUAAAGACUUGAUACGUGAGGAAGAAACCCGGAAGGGGAAGAGAGAAGCAAAGGAGUCAGGGAUGGCUCUUCCUCAGGGUCUAUUGACAUUCAGGGAUGUGGCCAUAGAAUUCUCUCCGGAGGAGUGGAGAUACCUGGACUCUGCUCAGAGGACUUUAUACAGGGACGUGAUGCUGGAGAACUACAGGAACCUGGUCUCCCUGGACAUCUCUUCCAAAUGCAUGAUGAAAGAGUUCUCAUCCAAAGGGCUAGGCAAUACAGAAACAUUCCGCACAGGGACAUUGGAAACACAGGAAAGUCAUCAUAUUGAAAAUUUUUGCUUCCAGGAAAUUGAGAAAGAUACUCAUGACAUUGAGUUUCAGUGGCAAGAAGAUGAAAGAAAUGGCCACGAAGCACCCAUGGCAGAAACCAAAGAGUUUCCUAGUAGUACAGACCAAUAUGACGAAAGGCAUGCUGAAAACAAGCCUAUUAAAGAUCAGCUUGGAUUAAGCUUUCAUUCACAUUUCCCUGAAGUCCACAUAUUUCAGACUGAAGGGAACAUUGGUAAUCGAGUUGAAAAGUCUGUCAACGAUGCUUCCCUUGUUUCGGCAUCCCAAAGAAUUUCUUGUAGGCCCAAAAUCCAUGUUUCUAAUAACUAUGGGAUUAAUUUCCUUUAUUCUUCAUUUCUUACAGAAAAACAGGAAGUACACAUGAGAGAAAAACCUUUCCAAUGUCAUGAGAGUGGCAAAACCUUUAAUUGCAGAUCACUCUUAAGGACACAUCAGGUAAUCCAUUUAGCAGAAAAACAAUAUCAAUGUGACGUAUGUGGCAAGGUCUUUAAUCAGAAUCGAUACCUUGAACGCCAUCGUAGAUGUCACACUGGUGACAAACCUUACAAGUGUAGUGAGUGUGGCAAGACCUUCAGUCAAAAGUCAUCCCUUACACGCCAUAGUAGACUUCAUACUGGAGAGAAACCUUACAAGUGUGAUGAGUGUGGCAAGACCUUUAGUCACACGACAGCUCUUGUAUACCAUCAUAGACUGCAUACUGGAGAGAAACCUUACAAGUGUAAUGAGUGUGGGAAGACCUUUGUUCGAAAUUCAGCUCUUGCAAAUCAUAAGGUAGUUCAUACUGGAGAGAAACCUUACAAAUGUAAGGUUUGUGACAAGGCUUUUGGGCGUGAUUCACACCUGGCACGACAUACUAGAAUUCACACUGGAGAGAAACCUUACAAGUGUAAUGAGUGUGCCAAGACCUUCAGUCACCCGUCAUCCUUUAAAUAUCAUUGUCAAGUUCAUACUGGAGGAAAACCUUACAAGUGUAAUGAGUGUGGCAAGACCUUCAGUCACGCUCCAGCCCUUGUAUACCAUCAUAGAGUGCAUACUGGAGAGAAACCUUACAAGUGUAAUGAAUGUGGCAAGACCUUCAGUCACCCGACAUCCUUUGAAUACCAUCGUAGAGUUCAUACUGGAGAGAAACCUUGCACGUGUACUGAGUGUGGCAAGACCUUCAGUCACCCGACAUCCUUUGAAUAUCAUCGUAGAGCUCAUACUGGAGAGAAACCUUACAAGUGUACUGAGUGUGGCAAGACCUUCAGUCACCCGACAUCCUUUGAAUAUCAUCGUAGAGCUCAUACUGGAGAGAAACCUUACAAGUGUAAUGAGUGUGGCAAGACCUUCGGUCGAAAUUCAGUCUUUGUAAAUCAUAAGGCAAUUCAUACUGGAGAGAAACCUUACAAAUGUAAGGUUUGUGACAAGGCCUUCAGGCGUGAUUCACACCUGGCACAACAUACUAGAAUUCACACUGGAGAGAAACCUUACAAGUGUAGUGAGUGUGGCAUGAACUUCAGUCAGAUGUCAUCCCUUACACGCCAUUGUAGACUUCAUUCUGGAGAGAAACCAUAGAAGAUUGAUAAGUGUGUUAAGAUCUUCUGUCAGACAUCUCCCCUGAAAUGCCAUCGUAGACUUCAUACUGGAGAGAAACCUUACAAGUGUAAUGAGUGUGACAAGACCUUCAUUCACAUGUCAUCCUUUAAAUAUCAUCUUAGAGUUCAUACUGGAGAAGAACCUUACAAGUGUGAUGAGUGUGGCAAGACCUUUAGUCACACGACAGUCCUUGUAUACCAUCAUAGACUGCAUACUAGAGAGAAACCUUCCAAGUGUAAUGAGUGUGGCAAGACCUUCAGUCACACGUCAUCCCUUAAAUACCAUCGCAGAAUUCAUACAGGAGAGAAACCUUACAAGUGUAAUGAGUGUGACAAGAUCUUCCGUCAGAGUUCAACCCUUGUAAACCAUAAGGCAGUUCAUACUGGAGAGAAACCUCACAAGUGUAAUGAAUGUGAAAAGGUUUUUAAUAGAAAAGCAUACCUUGUACUUCAUUGUAGACUUCAUACUGGAGAGAGACCUUACAAAUGUGAAGAAUGUGACCAAGUUUUCAGUCACAAAUCACACCUUGAAAGACACAGGACAAUUCAGGACAAUUCGUACUAGAGAGAAACCAUACAAAUGUAAGGUUCGUGACAAGGCUUUCGGGUGUGAUUCACACCUGGCAUGACAUACUAGAAUCCACACAGGAGAGAAACUUCACAAGUGUAAUGAGUGAGGCAGAGCCUUUCGGGGGCAUUCAACACUUAAGUCACCAUAAAUCAAUCCAUGGUAUAGGGAAACUUUUCUAACGUAAUGAUUGUCAUCACGUCUUCAGUAAUGCUACAGCCAUUGCAAAUCAUUGGAGAAUCCAUAAUGAAGAGAGAUCUUAAAAGUGUAAUAAAUGUGGCACAUUUCUUAGAUAUUGUUCAUACGUUGCAGUUCAUUGGUGAACUCAUAUGGAGGGAAACCUUAGAAGCAGUAAAGAGUGUGGCAAGUCCUUCAGUCAGAUGUCAUCCCUUGUGUGCCAUCGUAAACCUCAUAGUGGAGAGAAACCUUACAAGUGUAAUGAUGAGUAUGGCAAGACCUUUGGUCAAAAUUCAGCCUGUGUAAUUGAUAAUUCAAUUCAUAGUGCAGAGAAACCUUAAAAGUGCAAUAAAUGUGGCAAAAUUUUUUAAUCAACAGUCAA